AUGGAGUCUGCAGUCCUGCCAGUCCAAAAAAAGCCUCCCGGCGUAAUAGAAAUGACGGAGGAGCAUGACGAUCGGCCUGCGGAGAAGCCAGGAGAGGAUGUGGCGGCUGCAGCGAGGACGGAGCUUAACCACGUCCAAAGCGAUGGAGAAGCUCGCGAGCCUGCGGAGACGGAGCUGCUGCUGGCCAAGCAGCCUGUCGCCAGUGCGACCGACUCCCGGGAGCAUCCCAAGGAGGUGUCCGGGGGCUGUGCGGGGGAGCCACGGCCCCUGAAGGGACAGGCAAGCGAUGGUUGGUGUAUGAUGGGCUUGGCAGAAGCCCCUGGUGAAGCGCAUAAGGACACGGCUGAAGAGCAGCUGGGUCGGCCAGCGGAGAGUCGGGACUUGGACCACGAAGAGUGGGAGGUUGUUUCUGAGCACCAGGCCUGGGGGGAGGCUGCUAAGAGCAGCAGCGCCGAAGACUGUGAUGGCAAGGAAUGGGAACAAGGAGACUGCCCUGAUGGGGACUUGAAAGCUAAGAGGGUUGCAGCCGUGCCCCCCAUGCUCCAAAAUAUCCACGUGACUUUCCGUGUGCACUAUAUCACACACUCGGAUGCUCAGCUCAUUGGCGUUACGGGUGACCAUGAGUGUCUCGGCCAGUGGCACAGCUACGUACCACUCAAGUAUGACAAGGAUGGCUUCUGGUCCGAAUCCAUUACAUUGCCAGUGGACACCAGAGUAGAGUGGAAAUUUAUCUUAGUGGAGAACGGCAAGGUCAGACGUUGGGAGGAAUGCAGCAACAGAACCCUAGUGACUGCACAUGAAGAUCAGAUGGCCCACCAAUGGUGGGGGUAUCAUUAAUUAGACCUUGGAAGUUGCUUAUUUCAUGGCAAACCUGC